UCCAUAGAAUUUAAUAUGGCAUCACAGCAGUCAUCUCCAUCAACAGAGGAUCAGGCUUCCUCCGAAAUAGAUGAUCUCUGUCUAUCACUGCAAGUGCAGCGAGAGUCUACACAGAAGAAAACCUUCACUAGCUGGAUAAAUUCAAUAUUGGCAAAGCAUACACCUCCUUCAGUUGUCUCAGACCUGUAUACAGACAUAAGGCAAGGACAUUUGCUUUUGGAUCUGUUGGAAGCGCUUUCAGGUGAACGUCUGCCACGGGAAAAAGGAUUUAAUACCUUCCAGUGCAGAAGCAACAUAGAAAAUGCUUUGACAUUUUUAAAGAGCAGAUCACUCAAGCUCAUAAAUAUUCAUGUUGCUGACAUUAUUGAAGGAAAACCUUCCAUUGUGCUUGGCCUAAUUUGGACAAUUAUAUUUCAUUUUCAUAUUGAAGAACUUGCUGGGACACUUGCUUGUGCUUACAAUCAGCCUUCACGUGAUGGUUCAGGUGCUGUUGACUCCUCUCCAAAGGCAAGCCGAUCAGCUAAAAAAAGUGCUAAAAUUAAGGAACGGUGGAAGGUGUCUGCUACAAAUGCUCUUUUGCUAUGGGCAAAAGAACAGUGUUCACUGCACGGCUCUAUCAACGUGACUGAUUUCAAGUCAAGCUGGCGAAGCGGACUGCCUUUUUUAGCUGUCAUCCAGACCUUACGACCAGGUCUAGUUGAUCUGGAGAAGGCAAAAGCUCGAAGCAACAAGGAAAACCUGAAAGAGGCUUUCAAGAUUGCAGAACUAGAGCUGAAUAUUCCACGGCUUCUUGAACCUGAAGAUGUUGAUGUUGUGAAUCCAGAUGAAAAAUCAAUCAUGACUUACGUGGCUCAGUUUUUGCAGUACUCCAGGAAUUUGUGUGAGUCUGAAGGAGACAUGCAGGAGAAAGUAAAAGAGGCUGUGAGCUGGUUGGCUGCACAGGAGGAGAAGUUAGCAAAGUUGCUGGUUGACACAGAGAAUGAAACAUAUUAUCAGAAGUGCAAAGAAAUGAUGUCAUUUAUGGAAUCAUUUAACGAGGAAAAAAAACCCUUUAUGCCUGUGUUGUCAUCAAAAAGAAGUGAAGCUGAGCUGAGUGGAGGCCAGCAGCAGAUGAGAGAAGAGUGGGAUAAGCUGAUCUCACAGAUUAACAAAUGGAAAAUGAAGCUGGACCAGAUGUUGCCCUCCCCUCUGGGUAACAUUGAGGCUUGGCUUCAGGAGGUAGAACAUCUGCAGGCAGAAGAUUUGCCUGAUUUGCAGGACCCAUUUAAAGCAAUGUUUGCCUUCAGAGAAAUUAUUGUAGUAUUUAAGGGCUUGAUGGAUCAUUUUGAUUCUCACUGGGACACCCUUCAAUCAUUUAAGAAUGAGGAUGGGAAGAAUAUGCCACUAGUCUUGCCUGAAAAGUUAGAGGAAAUGAAAAGAAGAUUCAGCAAUAUUCUAUUCACAAACUCCAGCACCUUUCUUGAAUACCACUAUGGACUUUGCACAGCUGUUGCCGAUGAGGUGAUGUUAAAGCUAAAUAUCUGGGAUAUGAAAUAUGGGACAAAAGAGUCUGUGGAAUCUCUGCUGGAAAAUUGGAAUAAUUUCAUUGAAGAAAAGAGGCUUGAAGCACUACUAGAAACUGCUACUCACAUCUGUGAAGAUCUGAAAAUCAAAACCAUAAGUGGUCCUGGCUUGGCUGGAGAUCCUGAAGAAAUUUGCAGACUUUCUAAGACAGUGGAGUCAAAGAUUUCUAUGUGCAGAGACUAUAUUUCCAAUGUAAAUACCACUCUACAGAAAGUCCUGUCUUCCUGGAGUAACUAUACAGAAAACAUCCGCUUGCUAAAGUCAUGGCUGGAAGAAAUACGGAAUGAGCAUCCGAAGGAGAUCCCUGCUGAGACCCUGGCAAAGUGGAAUUCAGUUCAUGGUUCCUUAAAUGAAGCUGGCAACUAUCUCAUUGAAGUCAGCAAAGAGCAAGUUGGAUCAAAUAUUGCCAAAGAGCUGAAGAAACUCAACAAGAGAUGGGCUAAGUUCAUCAAGAGGACACACUUUAUUGGCGAAGAGGGCACAAAUGCUGCUGAAAAGACCAAAGAGCUUCCAGGGAGCGCGGAGAAAAUUGAAGAGCUCCUUGCAGGGGUGGACAGCUGGGCAGCAGAGGUUGGACACCUGCUUGGCAAGAUCAGUCAUGAAAAUCCUGUGGAACCUGAGAUGGAGGAACAUUUGCAGAGCUUGGCUGCAAGGGCAACCACAUGCCAAGAACAAGUUGUGGCGGCAGAAGAGAUAUUGCAGUCCCUGAUGCAAAAUGUUUCAAGUCAGAUAUCCCAACAGCAUUCUCACACUACCGGGCUGCAGGCACGAAUUAAAGAAGCUGGCAAGAAGAUAGAGGUUCUUACGAGUGAUAUGAGCAACAUCUUGUCCAAAUCUGAGAAGACACCUGCAGAGAAGGAGGCUUUGCUCAGUUUUGAAGAGUCACAGAAAGAACUUGAGGCCUCCAUUUCAAAGGCUGUGCAACUUGUCAAACAAAAAUCAAGUCCUGAAGAAUGUAUUUCAAGAUAUGAGGAAGCUUUUAAUGCUCUGAACAGUAAAGUUCUUGACAAAUUUUUGAAAGCCGCUGAACAACUGAAAAAUAUUUCAUCUGCCCAUGGAAAGCUGGCAGUGGAAGAAAAGAAUAAAGAUGUUCAAGAUGUUCGUAAAAGAUGGGAGGCAGCUCGUCAUGAAAUAGUAUCCUAUAUCCAGCUCAUAGUAGAAAGGGAAAAAAAGAAAUUUAAUGCAACUUUAAAAAAAAUCAAUAAGCAGUUGGGCAAAGAGAAGAAACUCCUAAGUAUGGAUAAAACCAAAGGGCUCAUCAAGGAACAUGAGGCCUUUUUUUCACAUGAAGGCAGCCUGAAGGAUCUUAGCACGUCAUUAGAAAACCUUAAAAUAUUGGGAAGACUAUCAGAAGAGACUAUCCCAGAUAUACAGACACUGACUGCAGACUGUGAACAAAGGCUAGAAAGGCUUCAACAAAUUGUGGCAGAUACUUACAUGGCCCUGAUGGCUCGUGCUGGAAAAGGACAAUCAUCUGAGAAAGAGAGCUCCAUUGUUCCUUCUGAGAAUGGAGAAAAGCAUGUUUUUCCUCAACAAAUAAAUAUCCUUUCAGUACAGGAGACCUCAACACCUACUGCAGUUUUGGAACCAGAUGUGAAACAUCAUAAUGGAGAAAGCUAUGCAAAGAAAUUUGAGGAAAGCAGUGAUUUGCAUAUACCAGCUUUAUUAGAGAGCUACGACACACAAAAAAGUAACCUGGAGGAACUUCUUCAAAUCAGCAGAGAGAAAGUAGCAUCUGGCUUUACUGAUGAAAUAAAAGGCACUUCAUGCCUUCAGAAUAAGCUGCUUGAACUUCAGGUGAUAGAGAGUGAAAGCAAUUCUGGUUGGACACAAUUGGAAAACAUUGCAUCUACCUUAGAAAAUCUUGUGGAUGAAGUUCAGCAAGCUGCUAUCUCUGAGACGAGAAGCAAACUAAAAGGAGAAUGGAAAGAACUUCAGGAUAUUAUAAGUACCAGAACAAAUUCUUUAAGGACUGCUUUGGAAAUCGUUUUGCCAAUAGAAAAUGAAUCCAAUCUUCUAUGUGAAUUAGAUCAGCGGCUGAAGAAAAAGGACAUCCAGCAGUUUAAUCUGAUGAAUAGUGAUCUUGCUUAUAGGGAACUAAAGGAGCUACAAAGAUCCAUAUUAAAUCAGAUUGAAGUAUGUAAACAAUUGGAACACCUGGAUGGUUCAGCAAGAGAUGAAUUUAAUCCAUUAGAUCUGCAAGCUGCGAGUAAAAUUAGGAUUUACUAUCAAAAUCAAUUUGAAGAAAUGAGCCAUAAAAUGCAGAUACGCGAGACAGUCCUUAAAGAUCUGGAAGCUUUUAUGGCCUCAUUGAGGAAGAUUCAGUCUUCAAUCAAAUGUCUGUCAGAUCCCCCAGGUCAACCUGAAAUACAGGGAAAUGCGUUGAGAGAGGUUGUGCAAGAGGUCGCUCAUAUGGCAGAGGAGGCUAAAUGUUUGGAUGAACGCUUGAAAACAGUUGAUAUCUGUUUAGAAGAUGCUGAAUGUGGGAGGAAGACUUCCUGUGAAAAAGUUGUUCGAACUUUAUCUGAAGAGCUAAAUGUGACUUAUGAGCCCUCAAGUGAACAGAUGCUUACAGAAGAAAAGGACUUAUACAAGAUUUUUUCCACAAAAAAUGGUGAACUCCUUAAAAACAUUCAGGAUCUACGUGACAGAAUUAACAAAAUAGGCUUGAAAGAUCCAACAAUUCCAGCUAUUCAACAAAGGAUAAAAUCAUUGACAGAAUUGGAAAAGGAAUUGGAUUGUGCUGCUGUUGAAAUGAAACCUAUGCGAGAGAUUGCUAAUAAGCUCCCACACAUCAAAGAGGAGAAAGCAGAGGAAGCAAAUGAACAAUGCAAACAUACAGAGACAUUAUGGGAGGAUACAAAACUCUUGCUUGCUGAAUGCCAGGAGCAGUGUGCAAGGGCUCUGGAGCUCCUGAAGCAAUAUCAAAGCUGCAAAACUAGUCUGACCAGCAUCAUCCAGAAACAGGAGAUUGUGCUUUCACAACAAACUUCUUACAUGGGGAAGGAGAAUUUGAACAGACUAAUAAAAAAGAUUGAAGAAGCAAAAGAGGAAUUUAAUGAUCACUCUGAAGAUGUAGACAAAAUAAAUCAGAUCUGUAAAAACCUUCAGUUCCAGCUCAAUAAAAUGAGAAGCUUUGAGGAGCCUCCAUUCGAGAAUGAGGCAAACAUUAUUGUGGACAGAUGGCUGGAUAUAAAUGAAAAGACUGAAAACUACUGUGAUAAUUUGGGAAGAGCUCAGGCGCUGUGGGACAAACUUCUUAGUUUAUCUGACACAAUUGACGCUUGGGCAAGUGCAGAACUUAAGAAUGCAGAGAACCAUUGUCGGACUGAAGAGGACCUUAUGCAGCUGAAGGCAUGCUUACGAGUUCAAGAGCAGAAGCUCCAGAAAUUUGACAACACAGUAGCUGAGAUAGAAGAACUUCUGAACAGUAAUGAAACUCCACUGGAGCUACAGGUCAUUAGAACAUCUGUUGUGCAAAAAAUGGAGCUAGUAAAAGAGCUGUUGUCGACGAAGCAGGGGACCAGUGAACUCAGCGUGAAUACAGCAGAACUGAAAGGAGACCUUGAUCUGGCCAAGACACAGAUUGGAAUGACUGAAUCACUUUUGAAAGCUUUAUCUCCUUCUGACACCUUAGAGAUCUUUACUAAAUUAGAGGAGAUACACCAGAAAAUUCUGCAACAAGAACACGAUGUGACAUUACUCCAGGAGGAGACGGACUGCCCUGGUGUGGAUGAAUUAAAUAAGCAGCUUAAAUGUGUAACUGAUUUAUUUAAUAAGAAGAAACAUGUGUUUCAAGAUCACUUUAUUGGUGUUAUGAACCGUCAGUGCAAAAAUUUUAAUGACUGGUUUAGCAGCACUCAGCUGUCUUUGAAGGACUGCUUUGACCCCUCGGAAACAAAACCAAUACUGGAAGAAAAACUUCAGAGGCUAAAGCACUUCUUAAUAUCCGAAGGCAAAGACAGAGAUAUCCAAGAGGUUAAAACUUUAUUGAAUAAAGUGAAGCAUUACUUGCCCAAAGCAAGCAUUAACCACCUUAACAGCCGUGUGAGAGAUCAAGAAGCUGAACUACAAAGAUUGAUCUCCAAAUGUCAGAAACGAGAAAAAGAACUUGAUGGUUCUCUCCAGCAACUCAGCAGCCUUGAAGAAAGCAGCACUGCCUUGGAAGAAUGGCUUGCUGCUCAGGAAGAAAGACUAGAAGAAAUUAAAAAAGAUGAAACAAAACUUGAAAACUUCUGUAAGACAUUAUUAAUGCAGAGAAAACCAUUUGACUCCAUGGCUCAGCUAGCAAAUUCCUUGAGGGAGGCUGGGCUGACAGAAGAUGAAACUAUUUUGGAAGCCAGUGAUCUUAUCAGUAGAUUCCAGACACUGAUAACGCACAUUAGUGAAGCAGCAGAGAAUAUCGGGAGAGUUCCAGUGGAUGGACAAAAUUUUGAAGAACUUGCCCAGGAUGUUUCUUGCUGUAUCAAAAGGCUUGAGGAGGCUGUUAGUAACCUGAGUUUAAAGGAAGGCGAGUUGCCACCAGAUGAAAGGAUUAAUCAGAUAAAGGAAAUCACAGCUCUCAAAGAUACAGGAGAGGCCAAAGUACAGAACAUGGUAGCUCUAGGAGAAACUUUAAUGAGAAAUGAGAAAAAUAAGAAGCCAGUGGUUCAACAGACUAUUUCUGAGCUCCAGGACCAGUGGGAAAGUGCCUGUCAGUUAGCCAUUGAAUGUAGAAGUCCUCAAGAGCAACCUAAGUUCAACAGGGAGCAGUAUGAGCAAAGCAAAGAACAUCUGAGACUGACUCUAACUGAACUGGAGAAACAACAACAGGAGACGGGUUUUGCCCUUCAGCCUAGUUUGCAGGAGAAGCAAGCUCAGCUGGCAAACCUUGCCGACCUCCUACAGAAAGCAGAAGACUUAACUUCACGAUUUAAUGAAUUGAAAAGCCAGGAGGAUCACUUACGGGGUCACACUGAGGAUCCCUGCUUCUCAGAUGCGGAAUGGUUGGAAUUAAAGCACCAACAUGAAAACCUGCUCAGGCAGUUACAGACCACAGUGCAGACAUUGGAAGGUCAUGUUCAGGAGCACCAGGAGUUUCAGGAUAUGGUAGCAGGCCUGAGCACUGAGCUGAGAACUCUCUCUGAGAAGACGGCUGAUUGUGAAGGUCCAGCAAGGGAACAAGUGUCAGCUGAGCAAAAUGUGUUGAAAUCACAGGAACAACAGGCAUCUCUUAGUCAAUGCAAAGACACGUUAAACAAGAUCUUGAUUUUAGCAGAAACUAUUAAGCAGAACACCUCUUCAUCGAGACAGAAGUUUAUUAAGGAUGAGAUUGAAACACUUCAGAGUGAACACAGGAGUGUGGAAGAAAGCCUUGAAAAUCUCAAGCAAAAGGAGGAAAAUACUUCUAGUGAAGCUCUUGAGUUGAAAGAUGAGUUUGGUAAUGAAAUACAAAUGGAAGAUAAGGCAGAGACAAUGCUAAAGAAAGAGAGAGAGAUCACUUCUGAUACUCUUGUUGCUGCGGAAGAGAGCCCCACAGCAGUGGAGUUAAAGGAGCCUUUGGAAAUGCAUAAUGGUCAAGAUGUAAAUGGAAAUAUAUCAGAGAAAGAGAAGCAAAACAAUCCACUUCUGGAGGAGAGCAGUGUAUUGUCAGACAGCCCAUUACAGGAUAUCCGUCAAAGCAAGGACACACUGGGGCAGACUGUUCAGGUGCCUGACCACUGUGUUCUAAUACAUGGUGAGGCUGAUAAAGAGAAUCCAGGUAUGGACGAACAUGAUAGGGUCCAAGAGGACUUUCUAGACAGUGCGGUUCACAGUGCUGAAGCAGAACUGGAAAGGUAUCGGGAUGGUCUUGGUAUAGAAGAUGAUGAAACAAGAAAGGAAACCCAUCCAGCAGAGGAGAAACCUAGUGAUGUCAAGAAUCAGUUAUAUAGAGAAGAUGUGGAGCAAGUUCAACAGAGGAUGUGCAGAAAAAGUCAAGUCAUGAUAUCUGCGGCAGCUGAGAAAGAUGGUCUGGAAUCAAAGCCCCUGGUUUCUGUACAUGAGAACACAGGUGCAGAAGUGGUUGUCCAGAAGGAACUGUUCCCUGAACUGCAGGUAAACACUGAAUAUUUUGAAGAGGAACAAAAGGUCAAUGAGCUGAAAAAUGAAGUGGCUGAACUGGAUAUCGUGCUCAUAAAUGAACAACUAAAAGAGCUGGAGAAUUUACAAACUGAACUGGAAACAUGGAAAACAAAAUCUUUGUGUCACAGUCAAGAAGCAUUUCCUAAUGCAAGAGGAUCAAACCAAGCAGAGCUGCAAACCACAGAGCCUGUGGUGCCCUGCUGGGACAGGCUGCUUCAAGAACUAAAUGCUGUGAAGGCCCUGAAGCAACAACAGUACUGUUUAAUUAAUGAGUACCAGAAAAAUCUUUCUGCUGCGCAGUCCUCAAUGAAAAAUUUAUCAACAGAGAAAGAUAACAUAAAAAUGGGUCCUAUGAACAACACAGUUCUUCUGGAGAAAAUUAAGGUGUGCAUAGAGUCCUUACGAAAAGAAAGAGAUGUCUUAACCCACUUGAAAACUCAGCAAGAAAGUUUAGCUCAGCAUUUAACGUGCAUGGAUAAAGUGUUAACUGAAAGCCAGAUGAGGCAACUGGAGCAGUGGUGGCAACACAUGGAACAAACAGUGCAAAAGAAACACGAUCAAGUUGUGGCAGAAAUCGAUGAAUAUAACCUUCUUAUGAAUAAAGCACAGGAUAUUCAGAGACUGAUACAACAACAGCAUUUACAAGCAGAGCUAUAUUCCUCAGGCAAAGGAAAAGCCAAAUACCCUGUACUUUGGACCACAGAGCUACAGGAUAUUAAACAGAGUCUUUCUCUAUUAAAAAGAAGGAUUGAACUGCAGAUGAAAAGAAUUUGGAGUGAUCAGGAGAAGGUAGCUUUGGAGAACUCUGUACAUGAUUUGCAGAGCAAAUUGGAAGGAUUAUCAGCGGAACAAGCUCCUCAAGAGGAUAUUCAGAUCAUUGGUCCCGCUCUUGCGAAAGACGAAAUGAUGAAGAGGCUGAAAGAAAACAUAUCAUGGAUCAAGGAUUCGCUAUCCUCUCUCGAUCAGAAAGCAGCACUUUUCCCCAGCAAUGUUAAAUCACAGAUCAGAAAUUGUCAGCUUAUCAAUACGGAAGUUCUAAACAGAGAGCCCGUGAUUGCAUCACUGGAUUAUGGGCUCCAGCACAUUGCUCCCAACUUGAAGCCAGAGGAGAUCUCUGACAUGACCUUCCUUUUACAAGCAUUGCAGAAUUCUUACAAGGCUCUGGUGUUGAAAUUGGCUCAAAGAUUACAGUACCUAGAGCUCCAGCUGGAGGAAAGGCAAAGGCUUCUUGCAGAAGUAGAAAAAGUUCACUGUCAGCUUCGAAAUGCUGAGAAGCUUUCCAGCCCUGACGUGAACCAAACCAGCACAUGCUCAGAAUUAAUCGAUCAACAGGCCAUUUUAAAGCAGAUUUUAAAGGACAUACAGGAAAUAGAAGGGCUUAUCUCAUCCCACUGUAAAGAGAGUCAGGUCACAGCUGGGGAGCUGAGUCUGUCCGAACAGCUGUUUUUGACUGAUCAAUUAAGAAAUCUGAAGAACAGAGCACGGAAGACACAGAGGCAAAUUCAGAGUAAGCUUGAUGAAUUAGAAAAAAAGAUAGCUGUCUACAGAGAGUUUGCUGAAGGAAUAACUUCAUUGCAGAAAGAUCUUAAUGAUCUACAGGACGAUGAAAUGAACCUGGAAGAAGAGGAGUUAUUAGGUGCCAAGCGGGAAGUGAAGGAUAAAUGCAAAGCAUUUAAAGAAAAAAUGUUAGCUUUCCAAUCCAAUUUGUCACAAAUAAUAAAGUACAAAGAAAUUUUUGAAUGCCUAGGUCUAAAAUGGGACUCACUGCAGCUGGAUGAAUUGCAAACUACAUUUUUUAAAAUUAAAAAUAGAAUAAAAGAGAAGACAAUACGUUUUGAUAAUGUUGUUAGGGAAUGUGAAAAGAUUCAAGCAUUGCUAAAUGAAAUCCAGACUGUGACAUCCACUGUAAGAAAAGAAGCUUGCAUCCUAAAAGAUAGCCCUAGCUCUUCUCCUGCUGAGAAUCUUAUAUCUGCACAGAUUCUAUUUCAGACAGUUCAACAGAUCUUGUACUUAACCCAGGAGGUAGCAAAUCAAAUAAACAAAAAUGAAGGCUUUGAUACAGCAUUCAAAGAAUCUAAGAAGAAAGAAAUAGAGAGCCUAGAGAAAGACAUUGAGGAAUUGAAUCAGUUUCUUCAAAACCUGGUCUCUGGUCUCCAGUGUGUAAACAAGGAAGUUAUCCAGAAUGAAAUAGAACAUAUAUUCCACUUCAUAGAGCAUAUUCAAUUAAAGCUCCAGCAGCCACUUAUGACAGACAUAAAAAUCAUGCAAUAUGAAAAGAUGCGAUGGGAAGCAAUUCAGAAUAUGAUGCAAGCAAAGUUUUCUGCUAUUAAAUGUAUAAAGGGAAAAGAGAAGGAAAAUCAAGAACAAAAAUCUUUUGCUGCUGUUAAAGAAGCAAAACUAGAGGCGCUGCAAGAUUAUGAAAUACAACUGAAGACAGACAUUGCUGCCCGUGUUAGUGCCCUGGAAGAGGCAUGUAAGACUUGUGAGCUUUAUACCGAGGCUGUUCAGAAAGCUGCCAUGUUCCUUGAGGACUAUGAAGCUCGAGUCAAGUCUGCCAAAGCAGAGCUCAGUAGCUCAGAGGAGGUCUGUCAGACUGCACAAUGGAAACAAGAAGAGUUCAACUCUGCAAAGGCUAACAUAGAAACCCUGUACUCCAAGCUGAAAAGCCUAGUGAAACCAGAAGACAACAUAUGUCUGGAAAAUACUUUAACAGAAUUAGCCAAUAAGAGUUUGGCCUUAAGGAAAAAGGCUCAAAGAAAGGAAGCUGAUGAACAAAGGUAUUUUGAAAAAUACAAAAGCUACACAGAAACCAAAGAUAAGGUGUGUGAUAACCUUAACAAACUGGAAAAGAUGCUUAAACAGUCUUUGUCUCAAAUACCAACGUCUUAUAAAGAAGCUUUGGAGCACUUAGAAGAAAGCAAGAUUUUAGUCUCCAACAUUGACUUGGCUGAAGAUGAUCUUGUGAAGCUGAGACAGGUCUCUGGAGAGCUGAUGCGACUGUGCAAGAGGAGGGACAGGGCACUGGGCAGGAUUGUAGCAGUGCUGUGGGAAAACUGGCUGGGUUUGCUUGAGGCAGCGAAAGGGCUGGAAAUUACCUGUGAAGAAUUAAAGCAGGAAUGGAAGUUCAUCAAUGAAGAGCUGGAACGAGAAACAAUAAUUCUUGAUAAGCUUCAGGAGGAACAGCCAGAAAGUCUUAAAGAAAAAGAAAAGGCAACCAGAGAGGAACUGGUGGAGUUACUAGAUUUUUUGAACUCAUUUGAGGAAAAUAUCAGCCAGCAAGAGCUCCUCUUACUCUUACUUCUUCACCGAAUAAGAAACAUCCUGAAUACAUCCGAAGAUUCUGAGGCAGAAGCUGCCCUUCCUGCCUUACGUGAGAUAAAGGCAAUGCAGGAUCGCUGUAAAAAGUUGUAUGAAAAGACUCAAGAGCAUAAGGAUUCUGUACAAGCUGAGAUUCGAGAGAGGAAUAAGAUCACUGAAGAAUUAAGUGCUGUAACAAACGCAUUACAGAAUGCUGCAUCUCUGUUAUUACAAGAUGCUACUGGAAAAGCAGGACAACUGGAGGAGGUUCAGAGUGUGAUUGAUAAAGAAAGUCAAACUUUAAAGGCUAUAAAAGAGAAACUUCAGAUCAAGUAUGCUGAAAUGCCUACACUAGUUCCUGCAGAGAUUGAAACACAGUUGGAGGACUGCAAGAAAGUAUUGGAAGACCUGGAAGAGAAGGUUAGCUUUGAAAUCUUGCAGAGCUCUCCUCAGUAUGUGCUGAAAAGCAAAGCAGAAAAUAUUAACAAUGGCCUCCAAGCUAUUGAAAAGAUGUUACAACAGAAGAGUGAAAACAUUGCAAAAGCCAAAGAAGUUCAGAAGCAAAUCUGGGAUAUGCUGGACCUUUGGCAUUACAAACUCAAUGAGCUGGAUGCGGAAGUGCAUGAUAUAGUAGAGCGGGAUUCCUGCCACGCACAGGAGUUGAUGGAUAUCUUAAUGACCCCCCUUCAGCAGUACCAACAGGUCUCACGACUUGCUGAGCGCAGAACUGCCAUUUUAAACAAGGCUGCCAACAAGAUGGAAGAAUAUGAUGAACUCGUGAAGAAUGUCAAAGUUUGGAUAGAAAACACCAAGUGCUUGCUAAGAGCAGAUGCUCAAAAUGACUCUGCAAAAAGCUUACGCAAAUACACUGAUGAACUUCAGAUGGCUUUGGAAGACUCGGAGCAAAAGCAAAAUCUUUUGCACAGUGUUUACUUGGAGCUGGAAGAACUAACACCAAUCUUUGAAACAGACAAUAUAAUGCAACAGCUAAAUGAAAUAGAUGAUCAAGUAGCAACUUUACAACAUGAGAUAGCAGAGAUUCUUCCACAGAUCCAGCAUGUGGCUGAUGAAUUGGAUGCCAUUGAAUCUCGCAUGAGAGUGUUUGAGAAGGACAUGGCCAAAAUGAAGACAAUCCUGUCAUCAGAAGAUCUGUUAGAAUUUUCUCCUAAAGACCAACUUAAACAUGGACAGGUUAUACUUGACCAUGUCGGCCCCAUGCAGAAGACCAUUGUUCGUAUACAGUCUUAUGAAGAAGCACUUCAGCUACCAGGGGUGAAAAUGCAACCUUUUUCAGUGUUCCAAAGAGCAAGACAACUCUUGAGAGAAUUGAAGAGAUUAGAAAAAAUUACUAAGGAACAAAAUGACCUGCUAGAGGAAGCUGUAAAGCAAACAGAAGAAUGUGAGCAAGAAAUCGAAAAGUUGAAACAAUUCUUAAAGAACCACAUGGCUGAAAAAUCACAAGAAGAUCAACCACUGUCUCAGAAGGUUAAUUGUGCAGAGGGGGAAAUAGAAGCUGUAAAAGAAGAAAUUCUAAAGCUGUGCCAAAAAAAGGAAGAUAUCCUUACUGGCAUGAAGAAUUCAAUGUCUGAGCUUCACCAGCGCUUACAGCAAGAAGUGCCUGAAUCAGGAGAUGAACCCACAGCCUCUGUAUUAGCACAAACUGACUUGAUUUGGACUGAUGUUUCUGGUCAGCAGUUGAAAAAAAGAGGAAUGAUGCCUCUUCUGCCUUCCUUAGAUGAAGAAUCAGAAGACUAUUCUUUCCACAGCAAGGGAAGUACAGCUGCAGAGAAAGAUGCAGGGUUUUGGCCUUCAGAAAGACAUGAUGAAAGACACAAAGAAGACAGUGCAACCUCCUGGUCUUCUGGUACCUUGUCGGAUGGCAUCAUUCAGGAUGCUGAUGAGAUAAUGGAAUCACAGAGUAAACAUGAUGAAGAAACAUCUGCGCAGACUUUGCAGAGCACUGAAGGGCCUGGCAUUGGUGAUGGCAGUCAGGCUAUGAGUGAGAAGCUACCUCCUGCUCCCAGCACCAUACAAGGCUCUCCAGGAGAAGUAGGACAGUCAGAGGAAGCAGUGGAUUGUGGUAGGCCAGAAACAAUCCUCCAGAUGUUCCAGGCCCAGGUUGCCGAGCUGGAACAAAGGCUAGCCAAAACUAAGGUGUCCCUGGCGUCAGUCCGGCAGACCUCUGAAAUGCAAGUGGUGGAACUGGAGCUUGCUGAUUGCCAGGCGGUGUUGUCAGAGAUUGAACAAAAGAUCGUUUCUUUAAUGGAAGAUUGUGGAGAUGAUAUAGACUACCAAGAAGAGUCAGAGGCUACUUCCUUGAGGCUGAAGGAAGUGAAGUGCAUUUUGGAGGAAGUCCAGAUGAUGUUGCAGGAAAAAGGCAACGCAGAACAGGAUCUGAAAGUGAAAGCAACUGAACAGAAAAGCCUUGUUGACUUCAUCGAGUCGUGCGUGGAAAAAAUGCAGCUGCAGUUUGAGGACAGCGAGACUCAGAAAUUAGAAUCAAGCAAUGGAGAAUCUGAUCCAAAGAUCAAGCAGACUGAUGUUGCCUUAGCUCCAAAGGACCAGACGGGUAAUAAAUGGCAAUAUUUACAACAAGAGCUGUCCUCUAAGAUGAAAUCUCCUCUCUGCCAGCUCGUGGAACCUCAGAUUAUAACCAAGAUGAACAUGCUGUCCCGGGGCACGUUUGCUAGAACAGGAACCCCAACUGUGGAGGAACUGAAAACUUACACUGUCCAACUGGGAGACCUAAGCCAAGAAGCAAAUGUGGUGCACGCAGAGGAUAAUGUGGCAGAGGAAGUCUCUUCCAAUCUGAUGAGAAAACUGUUUGAGCUGCUUCUGGCAAUCAGCAGAUGUUUGAAUAACAUGGAGGAGAUGUUAAACACCUCAGUCCUGUCCACUGAAGAGGCAGCCGUGCAGCAGGCUCUUUAUAAGACAUUUUCACUGGAGCUGCAAAAUCUUCACACUUAUCUGAGUGAUAAAAAGGAUGAUCUUCUAAAGUCUAUUAGCUGUGCUGGUGGGAGCACAGAUGUGUUCUGCGAGUGCUUUAACAACUUGCAGGCACGGCUGGAACAAACUCAGGCUGCCACUGCUUCAAGGAGCAGCUCAAUGAAAGCUGAGCUGGAUCAUAAUACCAAUUAUCAGAAUGAAAUCAGGCUGCUCUAUGAUCAGUUAACUAAGAAAAAAGCUACUCUGCAACAAUGCUUGAAUGCAAUAUGUGGAUAUAACGUCUCUGAACAGUAUCAGAAAACAGAUGCCUGUGCUUUGGAGCUACAAGACUUUGAAAACCAAGUAGCAAAAUUGAGAGGACAUGGGGAAAGAUUUCAGUUACCUACCACUUUAAUCCAGCAAGCUUAUAAAUUAGAGGAUGUUUUGGAUGACAUGUGGGGUAUUCUGAAAGCAAAGUACAUGGAGCUGAACUCUCCUUCCAUCAGUGAGAACCAGUACGAGGACUUACUUCGUGGAUUUGCAGAGCUGGUAGCUAUUGGACAAGAGAAGGUUGCACAAGAUCCAAAGGAGCUAACAAAAAGCAGAGCAGGCCUACAGUCUCACCUGGAAAAUCACAAGGCCUUUUUCCACAACCUCAUGGCCCACAUGGUUUUCAUGCAAGCGAUUUCCAAGAAAGUGGCCCCCUCCAUCCUGCAAAAAAGAGAGGAAUUCUGGACAGAGCUGGUGAAUGAAGUCAAGUUGCUGGAGCAGAAGGCCUGCCAGUAUGGUUUUCACUUAGAGAGCCUGUUACAGGGAUGGAUGGAAUUUGAUGAUGAAUGUCUGGUUUUCAAUAAGGAGUUAGAGGCACUUGCCUCUUCAUUGCCUUCUGUGAAUUUGGUUGAAGAAACUGAAGACCGAUUAGUGGAUAGGAUUGCAGUUCUACAGCAAAUGAAAAGCAGUGUUGAUGAAAAGCAUGCCAGGCUGUACCAGAUGGUGAAAGAAGGGAAGAAAUUGCUGACUGCUGUGAGCUGUCCAGAAAUAAGAAGCCAGAUUGGGAAGCUAGAAGAGCAGUGGUUGUCUUUAACCAAAAAGGUUGGCCAUGAACUACACCGACUUCAGACCUUACUGAAACUCUUGGUCAGCUACAAGAGAGACUCAGAGGAAUUAAUGAAAUGGCUGGAUUCUGCUCGGCAGAGAAUGAACUUUUGGAAGGAGCAGUCUCUCAAUGUAUCACAGGAUCUUCCCACCAUCAGGGAUAACAUUAACAGUUUGUUUACAUUUUGUAAGGAAGCUGAUGAAAAAUCUUCCUUGAAGUCAUCUGUGGUGAGCACUGCCAACCAGCUCUUUCACGUGAAGCGAGCUGAUACCGCAGCACUUAGGUCAUCCUUGGCAAAGAUUGAACAAAAAUGGGGAGAGCUGAUUACACAGCUCCCAGCCAUCCAAGAAAAACUUCAUCAGCUUCAGAUGGAAAAACUUUCAUCACGGGAAGCUAUUGCUGAACUACUGACCUGGCUGGACCAUGUGGAACAACAGCAUGGACAUGAGGAGCCGAUAAAUCCACAAUGUAGUGCUGCCCAAGUCAGGAGCCUCCUUGAGAAGUACAAGGAAUAUAUGAUGGAAAUGAACUUUAAACAGACGAUGGUAGAUUUUGUUAACCAGUCACUCUUGCAGAUGAGCACUUGUGAUGUGGAAAGCAAGCGUUACGAAAGGACAGAAUUUGCCGAGUGUCUUGGAGAGAUGAACCUGCGAUGGCACAGACUGCAGGCAUCUCUGAACAGAAAGAUACAAGACCUGGAACACAUUUUUGAGGAUAUUACUGAAAAUGAGAACAAAGCACAGACUCUAUGCAACUGGUUGGAAGCUCAGAGUGAUCGACUGAGACCUCUACAAACCCCGGCAAGUCUGAUCUCUGCACAGAACACAUUAGAUGAUUGCAAGGAGCUAGAAAAUCAACUCACCGCUAAAUCCAAAACUCUUGAUGAGCUCAAACAGAGUUUGGCUUUGAAUGUUAGUGCGGAACAAACGCCAGAAGCUCUGCCUCCCAGGAUAGCUGAGCUGUGUGAGAUGAUGGACAGCACUGUAAGCCAGGUUGCACAAUUAAAGACAUCAAUGCAGUCAAUACUGGAGCAAUGGAGAGCGUAUGAUGAAAUUUAUAUGGAAGUCAGCCUGAUGACAACAAGGUAUUUGUACUGCAUAGAGCAGUGCAAACCUUCUGUGGUGUCAGUGGACACUUUGAAAAACCAGGUCAAAACUCUUCAGUCUCUUCAAGAUGAAUCUGAGGUCAGUGAAGAAAGUUGGGCCAAACUCCAUGCUGCUGCCAGUAAGCUGAAGAAGAACUGCUCACCCUCCUUUGCAGAGAUUAUUCAACAGAAGUGCACAGAGGCACACGCUAGGUGGAACUUGGUAAAUGAAGAUCUCACAGAUCAACUGCGGGCAGCCCAAGCAACCCUACAGCUUUUGGAGCCCCUUGAUACUUCAUGCACUGAGGCAGCAGCCAAGUUAAGACAGCUCGAAGAGCAAUGCACUCGGCUCUUGGAUGCUCGUGUGCCUCAGGAAGACACUAUAGAAACCCUGAAACGGAGGAUACAGGAUCUAAAGAAUUUACAGCAUGGCCUUGUAGACACACUAGUAUUUCGUACUGAGAUUUCUUCACAGGCUGAUUGCAUAAAACAGCAGGCUGGGACAGCUGCGUGGUCCUUUCUGUUGGAGAAGCUCCAGCCACUCCAGAAAGCAUCCUAUUUGAAAGAGAUGUUGCAGAGGAAGAUAAAUGAAUUUGAGUGCAAUCUUUUACAACUGGAGGAUUUCCAGAGCUCCCUUGAAGUGCUGGAGGGUCGUGUCAAGAACUGCACUGACAACUUCGAUAGUUGCUGCCUAGAAGGAGAAACAGACAACUCAGAAUUGCUUGUGGCUUACACACUGGAGCUUGCUGCACUUUCUCCAAGCAUAGAGAGUUUGAAUGAAGCAAGCGUUAAGGUGCCACUCAGUGACUUUGCCCUGAAGAAAAUUCAGACCCUGACUUGGCAGUGGAGUCAGAAAACAGCAGCUGCUCUGGAACGCUGCAGUGAGUUGCAGGGAAAUCAGAACGAUGAAAAGAAAUUCUUUCAGAAAUGUGAAAACUGGAUGAAAUUCCUAGAAAAAAUGAAAGAAGCGUUAAAAGCAGAUAUUGCAGGACAGUUGGAAGAACUGCAGGAUCAGCAGAGAGUAUAUGAGAUGCUGCAAACUGAGAUUUCCAUAAAUCAGCAGACAUUUAACUCUAUUAUAGCAAAAGUUCUACUCUCCUUCGAAUCUGGAGAAGCAGAGCAAAGAAAAGACUUUAUUUCCAAGCUCACUUUGCUGAAAGAGCAGUGGCAGAAUGUUACACGAAUGGUUCAGCAGAGGAAGAAAGAUAUUGAUGGACUUGUGAGCCAGUGGCGGCUCUUUAGGAGUUCCCUGCAGAGUCUCUUCAGUUUGCUUGCUGAUACAAACAGCUUCCUCGUAGCUGUGAGAAGCCAGGACUGCAAUAGCGUUUCCCAGCUUAGAAAUCUAAUUCAUGAUUUCAAGAGUAAGGCGGUGAUUCUUCAGAGGUGGCAAGCCACAUACUCCUUAACCAUUGACGUUGGAGGCAAGUUACGCACUGUCUCCAAUCCUGAGACCAGCGCCGUUCUCCAGGAGGACCUCAGACAGUUAGAGCAGAGUUGGGGGGACACCUGGGUCCUGCUGGAGAAGACAAAGACGCAACUCAGCAAUGCACUACAGACUUGGGACUGCUGUGAAAAGCAAAUCAAGGAAUUGGAAAGCAGGCUACGAGAGCUGAAGGAGAAAGUAAAAGAUCCACUUCCAGUUGAACAUGAAGAGCUCUAUAAAGCUAAGGAACGCAUUAAGGAGCUGGAGCAGUCGCUGGCAGACUGGGCUCACAGCAUGAAGGAGCUGCAGGCCAUGAAGGUGGAGGUGGCUCACUACAUCCUUGCGGAGGACAUGAUGGUGCUCCAGGAACAAGUUGAACAUCUGCACAGACAGUGGGAAGAGCUCUGCUUGCGAGUGUCUCUGCGUAAGCAGGAGAUCGAGGAGAGACUCAAUGCCUGGGUUGCGUUCGAUGCGAAGAAUAAGGACCUGUGUUCCUGGCUGGUGCAAAUGGAAAGCAAAGUAUUACAGACUGCAGAUGUUAGCGUCGAAGACAUGAUAGACAAAUUGCAGAAGGAUUGCAUGGAAGAAAUAAACCUAUUUAGUGAAAAUAAGCUUCACUUGAAGCAAAUGGGUGAUCAGCUAAGAAAAGCUAGCAACGAGAGCCGAGUUGCCGAAAUAGAUGAUAAACUCAACAAAAUCAAUGAUCGCUGGCAACAUCUCUUGGAUGCCAUUGGAGCACGGGUGAAGAAACUGAAGGAAACACUGGCUUUUAUACAACUUUUGGACAAAAACAUGAGUAACCUUCGCACCUGGUUGGCCCGGAUUGAGUCUGAGCUUUCUAAGCCUGUUGUAUAUGACAUCUGCGAUGACCAGGAAAUCCAGAAGAGACUGGCAGAGCAGCAGGAUCUACAACGAGACAUAGAGCAGCAAACGGAACGGGUGGAAUCAGUGUUUAAUAUUUGUGAAGUCCUGCUCCACGACUCGGAUGCGUGUGCUAAUGAGACAGAGUGUGAUUCCAUCCAGCAAACUAGAAGGAGUUUGGACAGACGGUGGAGAAACAUUUGUGCCAUGUCUAUGGAAAGGCGAAUGAAAAUCGAGGAAACCUGGCGCUUGUGGCAGAGGUUUUUGGACGACUAUUCUCGCUUUGAAGAUUGGUUAAAAUCAUCUGAAAUCAUUGCAGCUAGGCCUAAUUCUUCAGAGGUUUUGUACACACACGCAAAGGAGGAGUUGAAGAAAUUUGAGGCAUUCCAACGGCACAUUCAUGAACGACUCACUCAGUUGGAGCUGAUCAAUAAGCAGUACAGGCGCCUUGCCCGCGAAAACCGCACCGACUCAGCCAGCAAAUUGAAGCAGAUGGUACAUGAAGGCAACCAGCGCUGGGAUAAUCUGCAGAAGCGAGUUGCUGCCAUUUUGAGGAGACUCAAGCACUUCACCAACAGGAGAGAUGAGUUCGAGGGGACGAGGGAAAGCAUUGUUGUUUGGCUCACAGAAAUGGACCUCCAGCUGACCAAUGUGGAGCACUUCUCAAAAAGUAACUUUGAUGACAAAAUGCGCCAGUUAAACGGUUUCCAGCAGGAAAUAACACUAAACACCAAUAAGAUUGAUCAGUUAAUCGUUUUUGGGGAGCAGUUGAUUCAGAAGAGUGAGCCUUUAGAUGCUAUCCUGAUUGAAGACGAAUUGGAAGAACUUCAUCGAUACUGUCAGGAAGUGUUUGGGCGAGUCGCCCGGUUCCAUCAACGACUGACUUCGAGACAUCCUGGAUUGGAUGAUGAAAAAGAGACCUCUGAAAAUGAGACAGAUCCAGAAGACUCCAGAGAAAUCCAGAAUGAUCCUUGGCAUAAGAAGGCCAUCAACGAUGGGCCCUCUUCAACCCAGUCUCUUUGCCACCUUGUGCCCCCUACUCAACGCCAUGAAAGAUCAGGCUGUGAAACCCCUGUCAGUGUUGACUCCAUCCCGCUUGAGUGGGAUCACACAGGUGAUGUGGGAGGUUCUUCCUCUCAUGAAGACGAAGAAGAAGCAACAUACUACAGUGCACUUUCAGAUGUAGAAAUCACUGAAAAUCCUGAGGCAUAUCUUAAAAUGACCACAAAAACUUUGAAAGCAUCUUCUGGAAAGUCUGCUUCAGAAGGUCAUCCUUGGCAUUCUCCAGGUAGCCCGGUCUGCAGGAAACACCCAAGCAAACAGGCAGAGAUGGAUGGAAAUGCGUUGUCUGGUCCAGAGACAAGUACUCCCUAUAAGCCAGACUAUAUGAAGCAGCUCAGCUCUGCAAGCAGCAGCAGCGUCAACAAGGAGAAAAGUACAUCUGCUACCAUGAGCGAUGAAGAACCGCAAGAUGACCAAGAGCUUGUGAAUAUAGCAGCUGCAGAGAAGCAGUCAGGAAUUAUGGAAAGGUGGGAGCUCAUCCAAGCUCAAGACCUCAGAAACAAACUCAGAAUGAAACAGAAAUUGCAGCAGUGGCAGCAGCUGAACUCGGAUCUUAGUGACAUCUCUGCUUGGCUUGAUAAAACUGAGAAAGAACUGGAAGAGCUGCAAAAAGUGAAACCUCCACCCAGCAUGGAGGCAUUGGAACAAAGCGUCAAGAAAUUGAAAGACUUGCUUAAAGCAUUUGAUAACUACAAGACAGUGGUCCUUUCCAUUAACCUGAACAGCAAGGAAUUCCAGAAAGCAGAUAGCACAGAGUUCAAAGAGCUUCAGAACAGGCUUUGGAAGGUGGACUUGCAUUGGGACAAAGCAACUCAUGCACUGAACAACUGGAGGAAAAAGUUGCAACAAGCCCUACUGCAUUGCCAGGACUUCCAUGAUCAGAGCCAAAAGCUAAUCCUGUGGGUAGCAAGUGCUGAUAGCCGAAGGAAAGCAGCGCAAGUCACAGAUCCAAAUGCUGACCUCAGUACAAUACAGGAAUGCCAAAAGGAGUUAAUGCAACUGGAGAAAGAGCUGCUGGAACAACAGCUUAAGGUGAACUCACUUCAAGAACUCACUGCUCACCUGCUUCUUAAAUCACCUGGUGAUUUCAGUGAAGUUGAUGAGAAGGUCCACAUAACUGCAAGGAAACUGAAACAGCUUAUUGAACAAGUUUCCUGUGACUUAAAAACAAUGCAAAGAAAUCUGGAUAGCAGAAGAUUCCUGCUAGUUCCAGAUGACUUGGACUCAGGAGCUUAUAAUCCAGCCGCAGAGAAAUCCAGCCCUGCUGUAAAGAAGAUCACCGAAAGGGGAACCACAGAUGGCAGCAACAGCAGCAGCACAAGAGGUGAAAGCUGUCUACAACCUAAUCGAGCAACAUCUCAAUCUCCCCCCUUCUUCCGACGUGUAUUACGAGCAGCUUUACCAUUUCAGUUGUUCUUUCUACUGCUUUUACUUCUGGCUUGCAUGGUUCCAUCUUGUGAGGAAGACUACAGCUGCACCAAGAAAAACAACGUCAUGCAUUCUUUCCAUCUCAUGCUGCAAUACCCCAACGGGCCUCCACCAACUUAG